AUGGCUUCAGCUGUGCCAGCUCAAACUCCAAAUAUUGCAAAACAUCUUGAUAAAAAUGAACUUUAUCAAAUUGGUCCUAAUUUUUGGAAUGUUCGUGGUCGUUUUAAAAUUUUAAAAUUAAUUGAUAUUGGAACACAAAUGUCAAUAAUAAAAUUACGUAAUGGAAAAUUUCUUGUUAUUGAUACAGUUGAAAUGAAUGAUAGUCUUCAACAAGAAAUUGAUCAUUUAACUAAUAAUGGAGAAAAUAUUGAAGCUGUUAUUGGUACACAUCCAUUUCAUACAUUAUCAUUUUCAGCUUUUUAUCAAACAUAUCCAAAAGCAUCUUAUUAUGGAACACCAAGACAUUUGCGUCAAUUAACAGAUAUACCAUGGCGAGGAGAUCUUAGUGAUUGUAAUAUUAGAAAAAAAUGGGAACCAGAUAUUGAAAUGCGUAUUCCAGCAGGAGCUGAAUUUGUCAAUCCACAACCUGAAUCAACAAAUCAUUUUGUUAGUGUUUUUGUUUAUCAUCCAACAUCUCGUACUCUUCAUGUUGAUGAUACAAUAAUGUAUGCUGAAAAACCUGGUUUUUUACUUAAAUUAUUUGGUUAUAAAGAUGGUGCACUGGCAUUUCAUCCAUCAAUUAAAAAUUCUGGUCUUUAUCCAACAAGUGAUGCACCAUAUUUAUUUCGUGAUUGGAUGCGUAAAUUACUCAAAGAUUGGCCUUUUGAAAAUAUUUGUUGUGCACAUUUGGGUGUUAAAAUGGGUGGUGCACAUGCUGAUGUUACUACAUUACUUAAUAAUGCUGAAUCAUUAUUUGUUAAACUUAGUGAAAAAAAUCGAAAAAAAAAUCCCGGAGAUGCAAUACCACCUGAUAAUCAUCCAAAUAUGAAUCAACGAAGACCGAGUCAAGUAGCUAUAGCAGAAUUUAAAGAUUUAACAAAACGAGAUGCAUUGACACGACUUCAAAAAUCGUUAAAUGAACUAGUGGCAACUGCUAAAUCUCAUUCACAAAAACAUGUUCAAUCGGAACUUGAUGGUUAUGAAGAUUUAUUUAGUCGUUAUUUACGCGAGAAUGAUGAAUCAUCAAUUGAUUGGCAAGAAAUUUUACCACCACCAAAAGAAACAAUAAUUCCAUAUAAAAAAUUAAUUGAAUCCGAUCUUGGUAAUCCAAAAGAUUUAUUAAAUAAAUUAAUUGUUGUUAAACUUAAUGGUGGUCUUGGUACAACAAUGGGUUGUAAAGGACCUAAAAGUGUUAUUUCUGUACGAAGUGAUCUUACUUUUCUUGAUAUAACAUUGCAACAACUUGAACAACUCAAUCAUACAUAUGGUUGUGAUGUACCAUUGGUUUUAAUGAAUUCAUUUAAUACUUUUGAAGAAACAGAAAAAGUUCUUCAAAAAUAUGGUCAUGUUUCUGUUAAAAUUUAUAAUUUUAAUCAAUCAAAAUAUCCACGUAUUGAUCGCGAAACUUUAUUACCAGUGGCAACAAGUAUUGAUCAUUCAAAUAAUGCAUAUUGGUAUCCACCUGGUCAUGGUGAUGUUUAUCAAUCAUUUUAUCAAUCGGGUUUACUUGAUCAAUUUAUUGAACAAGGAAAAGAAUAUAUGUUUUUAAGUAAUAUUGAUAAUCUUGGUGCCACUGUUGAUUUACAUAUUCUUAAACAUUUAUUAAGUGAUAAAAUAAAACAUGAAUUUAUAAUGGAAGUAACUGAUAAAACACGAGCUGAUGUUAAAGGUGGAACACUAAUUGAAUAUCAAGGAAAAUUACGAUUACUUGAAAUUGCUCAAGUACCAAAAGAUUAUGUUGAUGAAUUUAAAAGUGUCAAUAAAUUCCGAAUUUUUAAUACAAAUAAUUUAUGGGUAAAUCUUCCAGCUAUAAAACGUGUUGUCGAAGAAAAGACUUUACAAAUGGAAAUAAUCGUUAAUCACAAGACAAUGGAUAGUGGUCUUAAUGUAAUUCAAUUAGAAACAGCUAGUGGAGCAGCUAUACAAAGUUUUUCAGGAGCACAAGGUAUUAAUGUUCCACGUUGUCGUUUUCUUCCUGUUAAAACAACAUCAGAUCUUUUAUUGGUUAUGUCAAAUUUAUUUACACUUAGUCGUGGUAAUUUAGUUAUGAAUCCCAAACGUUCAUUUCCUUCGGUACCAUUAGUUAAACUUGGUACAAGUUUUAUAAAAGUUAAAGAUUUUUUAUCUCGAUUUCAAAGUAUACCUGAUUGUCUUGAACUCGAUAGUCUUACUGUAGCGGGUGAUGUCACAUUUGGUAAAGGUGUUACAUUACGUGGUACGGUUAUUGUAAUUGCAAAUCAUGGUGAUCGAAUUGAUAUCCCUGCCGGUUCUAUACUUGAAAACAAAAUUGUUUCCGGAAAUUUACGUAUUCUCGAACAUUAA